GCUUCCGGGCCCGGCCAGGCUUGGGCGUCAUCACGCGGCGGCGCUGCCUCUGGCGCUUCGGUCGGAGGGGCGAUGCGGCCGCUGACGGACGAGGAGACCCGCGUCCUCUUCGAGAAGCUCGCCCGAUACGUCGGCGAGAACAUCCAGCUGCUAGUGGACCGGCCGGACGGCACCUACUGCUUCCGCCUGCACAAGGACCGCGUCUACUACGUCAGCGAGAGACUUCUGAAACUAGCUACAAACAUUCCACGGGACAGUCUGGUGUCCCUGGGCACCUGCUUUGGAAAAUUCACCAAGACCCAGAAAUUCCGGCUCCAUAUCACUGCCCUGGAUUACCUCGCCCCUUAUGCCAAGUACAAAGUCUGGGUGAAGCCUGGGGCAGAACAGUCUUUCCUAUAUGGGAACCACCUCUUGAAGUCCGGUCUGGGGCGUAUCACUGAGAGCACUGCUCAGUACCAAGGAGUGGUGGUGUAUUCUAUGGCUGAUGUCCCUCUGGGAUUUGGGGUGGCAGCCAAAACCACCCAGGAGUGUCGAAAAGUGGAUCCCAUGGCAAUUGUAGUAUUUCACCAAGCAGACAUAGGCGAGUACAUACGGCAUGAGGAGACACUGACUUAAUAAACAGGGCUGAAUUCCUCCUAGCACUCUGUCAGCUGGAAACCUUAAAAA